CUUUUUUGUAUAACAGAUGUCAGUUGGGAUAAUCAAACAGUUCGAAAGUGAAAAAACUGUAGCAGCAAUAGCCCGCGAUAUAAAAAGACCACAAUCAAAAGUGCUGUCUAUCGUGAAACAAAAGGAUACUCUUCUUAAUUCUGGGAAAGGAGCUGCAAUGGGAACGCGAGUACGAGAUAAGCUGAUUGAGAAAAUGGUGAGUUUGUUACUCAUAUGGAUCGAAGACAUGAUCAACAAGCGGAUUCCUCUUAGCCUGCAAAUUAUAAAGACCAAAGCGAAAUCUUUGCUCCAAGACCUUCAAAGCGCUACUGAGAAUCUCGAUGGUACAGAAAGUACGUUCAAAGCCAGUUCAGGAUGGUUCGAUCGGUUUAAGAAGCGUGCAAACUUGAAAAAUAUUAAAAUUCAUGGAGAAGCUGGUAGUGCAGAUGAAGUAGCAUCAGAAAACUUUCCUUCCGUGCUCGAAAAUAUUAUAGCAGAAAAAGGAUUUCUUCCAGAACAAAUUAUUAACGUAGAUGAAACAGCCAUAUUCUGGAAAAAGAUGCCAACAAAAAGUUACGUCUUCAAUGAUAUGAAUCGGAUUCCUGGAUUAAAAUCACAUAAAGAAAGAAUUACAAUCAUGGUAGGAAGUAACAUAACAGGAGAUCUAAAAUUAAAACUAUUAGCAGUGUAUCAUUCACAAAAACCAAGAGCAUUUAAGCACUUCGAUAUUCAAUCCUUACCAGUGAUAUGGAAAUUCAACAAGAAAGCAUGGGUAACUCGCUCGAUUUUUAACGAAUGGUUCCAUCAAAAUUUUGUGCCAGAGGUAAAAAAGUAUUGCAGCGAAAAAGCUAUUCCAUUUAGGGUACUUUUAUUGCUAGACAAUGCUCCGGGCCAUCCCAUAGAACUUUACGAAGUGAACCCUAAUAUCCAUGUAAUUUUCCUGCCUCCAAGAACUACCUCAUUAUUACAACCGAUGGACCAAGGUGUAAUUGCUGCAUUAAAAUCCUACUAUCUCCGCCGAACAUUCACACAUAUUGUUAAAACGAUUGAUCAAAAUCCCACAUGCAGCAUCAACGAUAUCUGGAAAAAUUAUGACAUUCUUUCUGCCAUACAUAAUAUAGCAGCAGUAUGGUUAAAUCAGGCACUAUUAAUGCGUGUUGGAAAAAAGUAUGCCCGGUAUAUUUUACGAAUGAUGAAGAACCAGAUGACGCUAGUAAUCAAAUGGAAUAUUUGAUAGAAGAAUACAUUUCUGCAGCAGG